UGCCCCCGCAGCACCGCUGCCCGCACAUUGUCGUGGUAGCCAACACUGGCACAGAUCGAACUACAGUUAGUUGCCUGCUGGCUUUUGCGCGUCGCACGUAUCACUUCGUCAGAUUUCUCGAUUUGGCCGAGCAGAGUAGAGUGUAAUUACCAAACAAAGAAAUGCGCCUGGCUCAAAUUGAAUAAAUAAAAGCGCCCGCCGUGUGUGACAAUCACUUUGCCCACCCCCUUUGGUCAGAAAAGGAGCGCCACUAGCAGCGGAGGAAGAAGCAGCAGCGCCAUCACCACCACCAGUUGUAGUACAGGAAGAAGAAGAAGCAGUUGCCCCGAGAGAGAGAGAGAGGACGAAGCUAAGACAGGGCUGUUCGACAACCAGUGCGAACGCGAAAUUGCGAAUUGUAAAAUUCACAAGGUGCACAAUUCGAAGCCAAACGAGAUCCGUAGCCACAUCGCAAUAGCAGAAUGGCCCCGGCUCUAAGCAAAUUGGCCAACAACCAGAGCGCCAUCGUCGGCGUGGCGGGCAUGACGGCGGCCCUCUGGAUAAUUGCCUACGGAAAGAUGUCCAACAAGAAGCGAAAACCCGGCUAUGAGGACAAGAUCCAGUACACAAUUGCCGAGAAGAAGGAGAAGAAGGCGGGAAAGGCGCACGUUAACUCAGUAUUCUUCAAACAGCUCCGCCAGCUACUCCCCAUCCUCAUUCCCGGCUUUUGGAGCGUGGAGACCGGCCUGCUCUUCCUGGUGGCCGCCGCACUGAUUGGCCGCUCGGUGAGCGACAUCUGGAUGAUCCAGAAUGCGACGGUGGUGGAGAGCACCAUCAUACACAUGAAUCGCACCAAGUUCAAGACGGCGCUGCUCAAAUACCUGACAGCUCUGCCAGCGAUCUCCGUUGUGACCAACGUCCUCAAGUGGAGUUUGGGUGAGCUGAAGCUGAGGUUCCGCACCAACCUCACACACCACCUGUACAGUCAGUACCUAAACGGCUACACGUACUACAAAAUGUCCAACCUGGACAACAGGAUAGCCAACGCCGACCAGCUGCUGACCACGGACAUCGACAAGUUCUGCGAGAGCGCCACGGACCUCUACUCCAACAUCAGCAAGCCCGUGCUGGACAUCUUCAUCUACGUGUACCGCCUGACGGUGAAUCUGGGCGGCAAGACGCCAUCGAUCCUGAUGCUCUACCUGCUCUUCGCCGGCGUCUUCCUGACGCGCCUGCGCCGCCCCACUGGUCGCCUGACCGUCGAGGAGCAGAAGCUGGAGGGCGAGUUCCGCUAUGUGAACAGCCGACUGAUCACCAACUCGGAGGAGGUGGCCUUCUACCAGGGCAACGUGCGCGAGAAGCUCACGCUGCUGGCCAGCUACUCCAAGCUGCGUUCGCAUCUGCGCAAGUUCCUCGAGUUCCGCGUCAGCAUGGGCAUCAUCGACAACAUCAUUGGCAAAUAUUUCGCCUCCAUUGUGGGCUUCUACGCCGUCUCCAUUCCCUUCUUCUCCGAAAACCAUCCGCUGCUGUCCGGCGAGCAUAGCGGCCAGCGCCUGCAGGCCUACUACACCUACGGACGCAUGCUGGUCAAGCUGGCGGAGGCCAUCGGACGCCUGGUGCUCGCUGGACGCGAGAUGUCCCGCCUGGCCGGCUUCACCGCCCGCAUGACCGAGCUAAUUAAGGUUCUGAGCGACCUCAACAAGGGCACCUACGAACGCACCAUGGUGAACGGCAACAACCUGGCGCAAAACGCAGUCGGAUCGGCGUCAAGCAACUUUGGACCAAACAAGGGCAUCAUGUGCUUCGAGGACAACAUCAUCCGCUUCGAAAAGGUGCCACUGGUGACGCCCAACGGCGAUGUCCUGCUGCAGGAGCUGUCUUUUGAAGUGAAGUCUGGCACAAACGUCCUGGUCUGCGGUCCCAACGGCUGUGGCAAGUCCUCCCUGUUCCGCAUCCUCGGUGAGCUGUGGCCGACGUGGGGCGGCAAAGUGACGAAGCCGUCGCGCGGCAAGCUUUUCUACGUACCUCAGAGGCCCUACAUGACGCUGGGAACACUGCGUGACCAGAUCAUUUAUCCACACACGCGCGAUGACAUGCGUCGCCUGGGACACAGCGACGAGGAUCUCAUGCACUACCUGGACAUCGUGCAGCUGACCUACCUGGAGCAGCGCGAGAACGGCCUGGACUCCAUCGAGGACUGGAUCGACGUGUUGUCCGGCGGCGAGAAGCAGCGCAUUGCGAUGGCCCGGCUAUUCUACCACAAGCCGCAGUUCGCCAUUUUGGACGAGUGCACCAGCGCCGUCUCCGUUGAUGUGGAGGGCAAGAUGUACAGCUAUUGCCGCGAGGUGGGCAUCACGCUGUUCACGGUCUCGCACCGCAAGUCGCUGUGGGCGCACCACGACUACUACCUCCAGUUCGACGGCCGGGGCAGCUACGAGUUUGCGACCAUCGAUCAGGAUAAGGACCACUUCGGCUCCUAAAACUAGCAAUUCCCAUUCUUCAAGCCCAAGCCCGAUGAUGAUCAUACCGCUCUGGCUACUCCUCCUCCUCCUCCUCCUCCAUGUGGUGCACUGUAUAUACCGAGAUUGUAUAUAUUGCAAGUUGGAAAUGCUUCCUUGUUUCGAUUGUGAUUGUUUCUUUUGUACGCUAUUCCACACUAUAUUCCGUUUAAUAUAAUUCCUUCGCUGGGAUUUUAGAUGUGUAACUCUGAGAAUCGAGCUGGUGUUAGUGAUGUAAGCGUAAAGUAGUCGGCGCACAGCCACAAGCGAUGGAUGAGCGUUUAGAAAACCCUUUAGUGAAUAACACACCCAUACCUGUAGACCUGCGUACCGCACAAGUCCCAAAUCGCGCAUAGAGAACUUAUAGUAAUUUGUAAAAUACGCUUGGCUUAUUCAAAUGUUUUGUAUUUUUGGUUAAAUUGGAAUUGGAAUGGAACCUUGCACGGCAACAAUGUAUUGCAUUAUACAGUGCAAGACGCAAUAAAUGUAUAUAAAUAUGAAAAAAAA